CGUUUUGGGUAUGGUGGGGUGAAAAAUUAAAUUUUCUUAUAUAUUAAGGGUACUGGAGCAAAUUUUGUGGGUAAUUAAGAAAAAAUUAUAAAUUUAGGGGUUAUUUUGUAAUAAUCAAAACAUAAACAAAUUAGGUUUAUGUUAUACGCAACCAGCAACAACUCUUUGACUACGAAGAAGACGAAGACGGCUUUGAUUUUUCAGUAGCAAAGUUGGUUCAAUUUUUUAGCUGUUCUUCGAUUUUUCAAUAGCAACUGUGAUUCGAUUUUCAGCUAUUCUUCAACUUUUCGCAGCAAUUUUUCAUAGAGUGAAGAUUUGAAGAUUUGAUCGGUUCAUAAUCUUCUGUUGAUAAAAAUUUGAAGAUUUCAAUCUACUGUUGAUGAAUAUUUCGAUCGAUUCAUAAUCGAGAUUCAUAAUCGUCUGGCAGAGGUCUACAGUGCCGAUGUCCAAGUAUACAUCUCUCGAACUUGAUUCAGUUAUACAACUUUACUAGUGUUGGAAAACUUUCUUACAUGUGAACUUCUGAAGAGAAGAUUGGUUGCUCACUUGGCCCCUAGUGGUUACCUUAAACUACCAAAUGUUGUCUGGAUCACUGGGGCAAGCCGUGGCAUUGGUGCAAGCUUGGAUUUGAGGAACAUAUAUCUCCACGGUAACAAAUUGGAACUCAACCGGUACCUUGUACAGUGGUGAACACCAACAUUGUAGAUUUUGACUUUACUAGCAUUCUAUUUGGAUUGUAAUUUUUUCAUAAAAUUUUUUUUUCCAAGUUUUUAGUUGUAAUGACUUUCACAUAUGGCUCAAAUUUUGAGACUCAAAUGGAAUGCUUGAUUAAAUUACAAUGUUAUACGACGUGCUGUCCUGGAAUAAAAGCACCUGAUUUAGAAGAAGAUGAUAAAUUCUAUGAGGACUUCAAUAUGGAUGAAGUUGACUUGAAUAUUGAGAACUAUGAAGAAACAUUUGGUGUAGCUCUUAAUGAUCCAGAACAACUGUUUGGUAAUGAUGGAAUUGGUAGCUUGUUUGGAGUGAAGGACAUGUCCGGUGCUGAUUUGAACCAUCGAGGCACAUAUGCAGCUGAGGCGUCAUCAAUUGGACUAGUUAAGUCAUCUGCUAAUUCCGUGAUAAGCUCUAAAACUGAUCCAAACCUUUGCUUUGCAAUGCAAGCCCAUUCCAGCAUCUCAUUUUUUGGUCUUGGCGUGGAGAGUAGUGCUGCAAAUCAUCAAGAUUGGUGCUUCUCCAAUGGUUCUCAUGGGAAAGCCGCCUCCAUUGUGUCCUGAAAGUUCAUUCCCUUCAACUAGUAAGAGCAGCUCUGUUAUGUGUUACAUGGAAAAGAAGAAGACACGCAAGUAAGAGUAGAGCAGUUUUUCCCUUUUUACACUUCAUUUAGGUUAAAAAAAGAAAAGAAUAUUGUGUGGACCUAGGAAGCAUGGAUGUGUAUUUAAUUCACGUUCAAUUCUUUUUGAUUGUUUAGUUCUUUGGUUUAAUGGAUAGUAUAUUUUCAGGUUUGUGAUAGUUCCGAGGAAAGAAAAACAAGAAAGUGUAGAAGAAGUGUUAAUGCGUGAAUGUUGAGAUUUUAUUAAAGGAAUAAAUGGA